UCCCCUCCCCCAGCCUCUCCCUCCUCCCCGCCCCUCUGCCUGCGCAGCCUCCCUGCCUCCCUCUCCUCCCUGCUCUGCCGCAUUCUCCACUGCAGCUGCAGCCGCGCGCUCCCGGCCUGCCCAGCCCUCGCCAGCACCAUGGCCAGCGCCAUGUCCGCCUACAAGGAGAAGAUGAAGGAGCUGUCGGUGCUGUCACUCAUCUGCUCCUGCCUGUACUCGCAGCCGCACCCCCGGACCAGCUACCAGUAUGGGGACAUGGAGGUAAAGCAGCUGGACAAGAGGGCCUCUGGCCAGAGCUUCGAGGUCAUUCUCAAGUCCCCUUCUGACCUGUCCCCUGAGAGCCCUGUGCUCUCCUCGCCCCCCAAGAGAAAGGACCCCUCCCUGGAGGAGCUGCAGAAGCGGCUGGAUGCGGCCGAGGAGCGGAGGAAGACGCAGGAGGCCCAGGUGCUGAAGCAGCUGGCGGAGCGGCGCGAGCACGAGCGCGAGGUGCUGCAUAAGGCGCUGGAGGACAACAACAACUUCAGCCGCCUGGCCGAGGAGAAGCUCAACUACAAGAUGGAGCUCAGCAAGGAGAUCCGCGAGGCGCACCUGGCGGCGCUGCGCGAGCGGCUGCGCGAGAAGGAGCUGCAUGCGGCCGAGGUGCGCAGGAACAAGGAACAGCGGGAGGAGAUGUCGGGCUAAGGACCCUCGGCACCUGGAUCCCGAGAAGACACACAGCACAUUCGGGUGUUCUGUUUUGUUUGACUUUGUCUAGAUGCAAUUCUGCCCCCUCUCCCCACUCCCAUCCCGCACCCCCAGCUUCCCGCUUUCCGCACGCAGAACUGUCUGGUCCUUGUGGCUGAUCAUAGGCUGAGGAGCCGCGGGUGCUGCCAUGGUCCCUCCUUCCCAGUACUGGCUGGGUCCCCCUCGGCAGCCCUGUUCAUAGAUGUGGUGGCACCUCAAUAAACCUAGCAGUGGUGGAGCAGA